AUGUAUGUUGCUCAGAUUCUCUGUACGUGGCUACUUCUCCAAUCAUUUCCUCCUACUGCAUUAACUCAGAGACACAGACAACGAAAAGACCGUCGGAGAUUUUACUCCCGUCCAAGCGGCGAACCCGCAGAAAAUGAAGAUAUUCGAGAUGGAUCAGCACUCUUCGAAAAAGCCGACUCCAUGCAAAGGCCAUUCGAAGGCAAAAAUCCAUACAAGCCAUCGGUAAUAAAUGACGAUUUCGGUCGACAUGUUGCACGACCAUUCCAAAGUGCCCUGCCUUCAGGGCACCUUGGAAGAGGGAUUCACAGACGGAGGCAUGCACGACCUUUUGACGGACGUGGGGACGUCUUCACAAACGGACCCUAUAACAACCGAAUGAAUGCAAGACCAUUUGACGAAGUUCGCAAGGGACCGUUUGGAUCAAGCCAGUACAUGCCGAGAGCAGGAAGCUAUUAUCACGGUAAUGCUGCACCAUAUGGGGGGAGAUCUCUGAAUCCAUAUAUGCUCAAAGAACGGCCCUCUUAUUCGUGGAAUAAUAGGUGGUCAUCUAUGUCAUCUAGGCAAAUGUAUAUGCCUUCCACAGAAGAGAGGAAGUAUGGGGAACCUAAUGCAAGACCAUAUUCAGAAGUAUUUCGAAAUCCGUACACACCUGAAGAACUGCCUCUUCAUCAUUGGAAUUAUGUACGGCCUUUCAGGCAACCGCGCAUGCCUUUCGAAGGAGAGGACUAUAUAGGAAAGAAUGUGGAACCUUCUGAUGAUGUCUCCAAAGAAGAUCUGAUACCUGAAGGGAGCCGGAACUCCGGAGAAGAUCCGGCAACUGAAGAAGACAAGGACUCCGAAGAUGUGGUAUCUAAGGAAGGCCAGGACAUGCGAAAAUAUGCAAGACCAAAUGCAGGAGGGUUUCUGAAUCCGUACAAAUCUGAAGUGCCUCCUUAUUAUAAUUGGAAUUACAGAAGGCCAUUGAAUGUUAUGCAACCGUACUUAUCUGCUGUAGACAAAGAGGAGAUGAGAAACGAUGAGGAACACUCUGAAGUCUCCGAAAAAGAUCAGGUGUCCAAAGAAGACGAGGACAUACGAAAAAAUACAGAACCAUAUACGAUAGGAGAUCGGAAUACAAACAUGCCAGGAGACUUGCCCCAAAAUUAUGAAGUGUUUCUCAAAACUAAACAACGGAGUAUGCAACCCAAAGAAAAAGAUAGCAUGAGAAUUGAUGAGGAAUCGUCUGAAAAUGUCUCCGAAAGAAACAGAUUCCUUGAAGAAGACGAGGGAAUGCAAAGACAUACAAGAUCAUAUGAAGAAGAAGUUCCGAAUUCAAGAAUAUCGGAAGAUAUUCCCUAUCAAAAUUAUGGAGAACCCAAUGACGCUAUCCAACAAGACAUGCCGUUUACAGAAGAAGACAAAGCUCCCCAAGAUAACUUAAUUUUAACGAUGCUCUCCCUUUCAACAACUCAAACAUCUUACGAAGACAUUCGGUCUACGACACCCAUCCCAAAGGGAGAGGGCAUUCAGGAUGAAACAGUUCCUACAGAGGGUAUAACUCCAACGACGCUCCCCCGUUUGACAGCUCAAACAACAACAUCUGAUAGUAUGCUGCCUGAGACACCGAUUGCUGAAGUGAAGAACAACCGAGACGAGACGGUCUUUCGAGAGGGGGCAACAACGACGUCCUACAAGCUGACAGCUAAAACAUUAUCCAAUACCGCAGCACCAACUGAAGGCAUUACAGGCAUUUCCCUCGAGAACAUGACACCAACUAUGCCCUCCCGUUGGACAGCUCAAACAUCUGACGAAGGUGAUCGCCUUCGGACACCCAGCCAAGAAGGGAAGGACGUUCGGAGCGAAUCAGUUUCCGAAGAGGCUAUAACCUCAACGAUGUUCCCCAGUUGGACAGCUCAAAGAACUAACGAAAGUAGUCAGACUACGACACCCAUCACAGAAGGGAACGACAUUCAGAACGUAACAGGUGUCCCAGAGAGCAUGGCUCCAACUAUGCUGUUCCAUUCGCCAUCUCAAACAUCUGACGAAGGUAUUCAGUCUUCGACGCCCAUCACAGGAAGGAACGACAGUAAGAACGGAACAGAUCCCGCAGAAGCAGGGGGCAUGCCUCCAGUGAUGGGACUCCGUUCGCCACCUCAAACGUCUGACGGAGGUGUCCAGUCUUCGACGCCCUUCACAGGAAGGAACGACAGUAAGAACGGAACAGAUCCCGCAGAAGCAGGGGGCAUGCCUCCACUAAUGGUACUCCGUUCGCCAGCUCAAGCACCUGACGAAGAUGUUCAUUUAUGGACGCCCAUCACAAAAGAAGAGGGCACUCAGAACGAAACAGUCGCUGCAGAGAGCAUGCCCCCAACGAUACUCUCCCAGUCGCCCGCUCAGACAACGUUAUCCGAAGAGAGCACAAAGAUGACGUCCUUCAAUUUGACAGCCGAUGCAAUACCAUCCAACAAUUCCGCAGUACCAUUUAAAGGCAUUAAGUUUGAGACGCCUAUCGUAUGUAGUAUGGAUAUGCAAUGGUAUAGAUGCAGAUCGGCUCGGAAAUGA